AUGACAACUUUAGGUGGACCGGCUCCUCGAGGCUAUGACCGACCCCGGAGGCCAGAUGCGGAUACAAACAAAGGCGCCGCUGGGGAUGGCUCAUCGUCUAGAGCCCAGUUGUUCCAGGACGAAAAGCGAAGAAUCAUCAGCAGCUGUUUCUCCAAACAAGAUGGCGAUGGUGCCUUAACCGAGUCAUAUAUCACCCAUAUACGGAUUACAGAAGAUGCGGCUUAUCCGACCUCGCCGGCACCGCCAAACUCCCCUCCCGAGAACAAAAAACCUCGAUUGAUCAUUGUCGCAUUACGGAAAUCAGGCCGCGUUCGCAUGCAUAAAGCUCGCGAGAACAAUGACGGGACCUUUUCAAUUGGCAAAACAUGGAUGUUAGAUGACUUGAGCGGGAUACAGUGCUACGAUUCMCCUGCCACUAGCCAGACCGAGCAACAACAGAAACAAUGGGCGUCAAAUGUUGGAUUCACAGUGACUAUAGGGAAACAAUAUUACUGGCAGGCAUCCAAUUACAAGGAGAGAGACUUUUUCAUCGCCAGUUUAGUCAAGAUCUACAAGAAAUAUACUGGCGGUCGGGUUCCCAAGUUGAUUGGCCUCGAUGAGAAACAAAGGCAGGCAUUAAUCGGAGAAGCUGGCCAGGCACCUUUACGACCAGCCACACCUUCAUCUCAAGGCACUCAACCAAGUCAGCCGAGUACGAUUCGCACCCCUAGUCGCGAAGGAAGAAACGAGCCGCGAUCUCAGCUGUCAGAAGAGCAAAACUUGCGAUCUCAGCGCAGUCGUGACGGACCGCUCCGGCCAUCUCCAUCGCCAGGUCGGCCUCCACAAGUACCGAGAUCACGCGAUGAACUUCCAUCGAAUCUCAAUGGGCGCGUACUUGACAGUGAAAGACCACCGAAACCACUGUAUGCAGAGACCCCACGAGCAGUUUCUAGGGGUCGAGAACAAAGUCCUGCCAAUAUCCGACAACAACGUGGGCCCCCCCAGCCUCAUGAUGAGAAGGAGCCAUAUGGAGCGAUCUCUAACCCGGCCCUGAACAUGACACGGGAACCGCUUCGCCCUGGCACAUCCAGUUCUGGUUCUGUCCCACCCUUGAACAACCAGUCUCUAUCACUAGAUAACAACAUGCUUCCAAGGCCGUCGAGCAGAGGUGAUGCGCCGCCGUCGCGAGGUAGUAAUAUUUCAAAUCGUUCGUCAAGAAACCUUGAAGACCUCCCGCCAGCGCUUCGACCGGGUUCGUCUAGCGACUUGAAGAACAAUGUGUCUACGGAAUCCGUCAAUGUUACACGAGAAGUAAAAGAACCCGAGCCUGCGCCUAUCGUGCCUCCCUCCAUGCCGGACGUUACUCCUGCACAGCCAGCCCAGGAGACUGCUGAACCUCCCGUACUCUCGACUCCAUCACCAGAGAAAGACGAGUCUCCAUCGCAAGCGAAACCCCCUAUAGAGACUCCACAGCCUACAAUCACUCUUGAGAAACCGUCUGUCCCAGCGGUAGAAGAGCAAAUGGAGGGCUCUGAGGCUCACCGCCCCGGUCUUGGACCUAUGAUAAAAAAGAAGACCGGAAAGGAUCUUGCUACUGCUUUUCGUAAGGCUGCUACAGCAUAUGGAGCUUUCAAACCUAGACCUGGAGGCGCUGGUGAACGGCUACUGGCAAAGGAAAAGACACAGACAAACGAGCCGGAUGGUAUUACGAGUGUUGUCCCGGCCCCAUUGUUACGCGGGAUGAGCAGUGAAUCGACAAAACCCGGAACUCCGGAGCCAGUGGUCAGCCAGCCAACGCCUGUCCAGGGGUCUCCUGCUCAGGAGCCACCGAAGGUCGAAAUCACUCGCGUGGACACCGAUGAAUUCCCUCCUCCUCCUCCUGAUGUGGUCAUCGAAGCCCCUGUUGUUCAGGUGCCAGAAACAACCGAAGAGAAAAUCAUACCAAGGUCCAUUUCACCAGCUCAGGAACGCCGCCGUAGACGCCGCGAAGACAACAUCGCAAAGUACUGUCAAGCUUUGGGAAUUGAACCCAAUAUCAUCGAAGGUACAGAAGGCUACUUUGACGAGAUUCUUACCGACCUAGGCUGGCAUGGACGCCUAAGUGACGAGAAAAAAAUCGAAGAUUUAGAGGCAGAUAUUCGCAGAGAGAUUGGACGAGUUCAGGCUAGCAGUUGGCUUGGUAACAUUGAACAACAAGAGGGUAAAAUCGAUCAGUUAGGCAAACUUAUCGAUCGAACGAUCGAAGAAUGUGAAGAGCUGGACGGUCUGUUGACCCUCUAUUCUCACGAGCUUAGUACUCUGCAUGAUGAUGUUGCAUUCAUUGAGGCACAGUCUCAAGGUCUCCAGGUCCAAACAGCCAAUCAAAAGCUUCUGCAAAGUGAACUUCAAAACCUCCUUAAGACGCUCUCUAUCUCGGCUGAUGAUCUACGGCCGCUGCAAGAAGCUUCUUUGGAUGGAGUAGAUGGUGUAUAUCAAACGGAAACCGUCUUGUCGAUGCUUUAUAAAGCAAUGUUGACCAUCGACUCUGACAUUGGUCAGAACAAGAAGCGCUUGGCUGACGCUGCCGGUGAUUCUGGUAGUGUUGGUGUCUAUGCUGAUACUGAAAUCGGCCAAAUGCGCGCAAUCAGAGAGAAGAAAGACCAAUAUCGCGCAGAGUCUACUUAUUUUUUGCAACGUCUUAGGCAGUUUAUGGCUGUUGCAUUCAAGUCUAGUCAACAAAAACGGACGAACACGUCGUCGAAUUCUUUGAAUGGCAAUUUGAAGAUUGAUAACACUGGUCACAAUGCGGCGCGCCAGGAUCUUUGGAUGUACUACGCGCUUAUGUUGUUUGCGCGAGAGGUCAGCUCCUCCGAAUGGGUUGGCUUGAUCAGUUUGUAUGAGUCAGAUGCCAAGACACCUUAUCAACACGAAUUGCGAGAUAACUUUACGGCUUGGAAGAAGGCAGCCAAGAAAAGCUCUGGCGAGGAGAGCGAAAUCCUCUUCACACAUCACGAGAAAGAGAAAGAAGGCGACGGAUUGACUGGUGCAGCGCGAAAAUUGACCGUAAGACGAGGCAAGACCGUACGCGUUCAACAAGGACCUAAAAACCUUGGGGAGAAACCGGGCAGAUUGGACGCAUUUGAAGUUUUUGCAGGCGCAUUACGUGAAACUGUGAAGAUGAUCUCAGAGGAACAGAACUUCAUUGUGCAAUUCUUCCACCUGAAUUCGCUUACGACAGUGGAUUUCCCAGACCUGGUGGCUGCAAGCGAUCCUAGCGAAAGGCGGCUUCCCGAUUUCAGCAUAAAACAAAUGCACGAUCCUGAUCGUGACCUGGCCAAACGAGUCGAGCAAGUGAUUGACGGUAUCUUUUCCUUCUGGGCAAAUGAUAUGCAGAACCUUGUAGACUGGGUACUGAGUAUUGAUCAACUACAGGGAGUUGGAGUGUUGGCUGCCCUUGAAGCUGCCGUUUCCGAAUUUGACGAUACAAACCAGGAUUUCAUUGUACACACUCUGCAGAAAUUGCUCAAUCGUCUUAAUGGUCUCUUCAAUCGAUUCGUAGACCAACAGAUUAGGGGCAUUGAAGAGACGAAAGUGAAAAUCAACAAACGAAAAGGAGUCAUAUCUUUCAUGCGGACAUUCCCCCAUUUCUCUACUGCCGUUGAAAACAUGCUAGCGACUCAAUCGACAUCCAAUUUCUCUGACGUCCGCUUAGCUGUCAACGAGGCGUAUAACAAAAUCAAUCGUGCUAUGUGGGAGAGCUUGAAAUUUAUUGCUAAAGAAGCCCCUGGUCAAGUCAGUGGCGCUACUACCGGGGUAGGCGACCCAGAAGACAAAGAGGCUCUGAACUAUCAUAUUCUUCUCAUUGAGAACAUGAAUCACUAUUAUGAAGAAGUCGAUGUACGCAGUCUUCCAGUCUUGGAACGAUGGCGUGAUCGGGCCGUUCAAGAUUACCAUGAACAUAUGAAACUAUAUAUGGAUGCGGUCAUUCGACGACCUCUCGGAAAACUGCUAGACUUUAUUGAAUCGACGGAGUCAUUGCUCGCGAAUUCGAGCAAUCCCGCGGACAUUGCAUCUCGCACUAGCCACUCAAAGAGUGUGGCUAAGAAGUUGUUGUCGUCUUAUGAUAGCAAGGAGCUACGACGCGGUGUCGACCUCCUCAAGAAACGUGUUGAAAAACAUUUCGGCGACGCAGACGAUCCAGGGCUCAGUCGCAGCCUUGUAAUGAAAGUAUUCAAAGAGUGCGCAACCCGGUACGAAGACGCUUAUGAUCGGCUUAAGAAUAUUACGGACAGCGUUUACGAAGGCCAGGUGGAACUUGACUGGAAUAGGGAUGAAGCAGGCUCACUGUUCCGUCGUUGA